UGAGAACAUAUUUAUACAGUAGUAAACAAGUGUUACUAGCAUAUAGUUGGAUUCAGCUGAACUAUGGCCCCGCAAGCAAUUAGAAAACCUCCUUUUGUGAACCACCUACUCAACUGGUUUAAACGAGACGAACCGUCAACCGAUAAUUUUUUAUUCCAACUUCAUCAUCAGUACACAACCUUCAUCAUCAUGUUCGGGUUCCUCUUCAUCUUCAUCGAGAACUACCUGGACGGAAGAGCAAUCACUUGUCAGGGAGGGGAUCAGUAUACCAAGGCCUACUGCUGGAUCCAUGGAUCAUCCUAUGUCGGAAAGCAUCUACAGGGUGAAGUUACAGGUUGCUUUGUACACCCUGAUAUUGUAGUAUCUGCUAAUAAUGAGCCUGUAACAUCAUAUUAUCUCUGGUUACCCCUCCUACUCACCUUCUGUUUUCUAUUCGCCAAAUUACCGCGAAAUAUCUGGCGAAGUGGUUUUGAAGGAGGGAAAAUAAAGAAUAUUCUCCAAGACAACAAGAAUCUAAACAUUAAAGCUAUUCAUUCAAACUUUCAAGAUGAACGAGGUUUCUUCUUCAUGUAUCAGAUUAAAUUCAUGAUUUGUGAGAUCUUAAACCUUGUCAUGAUUGGGCUCAGUAUCUGGACAACUCACAUCCUUCUCAGGUCCAAGUUCCAAGGAUAUGGUCCUGCAGUUCUUAAAUAUCUAUUCUUCGAUGUUAACUCUGGCAAAGAACCAGUGCAUAAUCCUAUGUGUGAAGUAUUCCCUACAGAAGUUGGAUGUAGAAUCCGUGUAGGAUCUCCAGCUGGGGGUAUAGAGGAGCACAACUAUCUCUGUAUACUCAGUAAUAAUCUUUUUAAUCAAAAAUACUUUUUACUCCUUUGGGUUUGGUGGAUUUGUCUGGCAAUCCUAUCCAUCCUGGGACUAAUAUACAGAUGUGCAAGAAUAGCACUCCCAGAUUUCUCCAGGUAUGUGUUAUCACUGUCCGUGAAAUCUGUCAAGUUGGAGAACUUGAAGCUGAGCAGCGGGGACUGUUUUGUGCUGGACCGACUGAACAAGAACAUGAUCCCACGGCAGAUGAAUCUUCUACUGGAGGAGAUACAAACCAGACAGAUUAAGCAAGAAAAUGAAGAGAAUACUGAUAUUUCAGUACUUUUAGACAAAUAAGCUCGAUAAAAUAAAAUUGUUUAGAUGAUGCAGAUGGAAGAAGUCUAAAGAAUGAGACUUUAACAAACAUGGAGGUUACUCCAGAGAUGAUAAAAAAAAAACAAUCAUAGGCUGCAUACUAGAACAUUUCUACUGUUUCUUUUUGGCUACUGUUGAACUAUUGAGAAAAUCGUAGAUGUCAGCUGUUACAGUGGAACAGAGUGUAGUAGAAUACGAGAAGUCGGGAUCAGGGCGCCAAGAACUGCACACUGGGUAUACAAACGACUAAUAUGCAUAAUGGAUCAUCCGGUUUUUUUAAUCGUAAUGUAGGUCAUAUACUGAAAUUAUAAUCUCAACUAUGCUAUAUAGAUAUUUUAGUUUAUUAAUUGUAAUGUAAUUUCUCUGUUAUCUAAUUGUGUUAUCGUUUCAAUAUUUUAUGUAAUAUAUAAUAUAUCUAGAUAAUAUGUA